CUGGGCAACUAUAUUCCACGUCCGGAAUUUACUGGAAUCAUGCAGAGAAUUCGCGACGACAUCACCGAAGUUCGUUCUGGAUUGGCCGAGAAGUUUGUCAUGGUUGUCGGAAAGUUGACCGGCUUGGAAAGACGGAUUGAAGGUUUGGAAUCCAGUGGUGGGGGGAAUACAAGGAUUACAAAUGAAGUGCACGAACUAAAAAGUAAAGUUCGAGACCUUACUACUGAAAGCGGCAACUUACGUGAACGGAAUAUGAGUUUAGAACGAGAAGUGAGAGAUAAGAUCGCAAUUAUUGAUCGUUUGCGAAGUAGGAUGGAUCAAAUGGACGAGUCUCUUGCUCUAAAUACAGUCAAAAUUACCGAUUUGGAGUCUCAAAGAGGUCCGCGUGCACAACAAGUUAUCCACAGUUACAAUGGCACUCUACUGUGGAAGAUUGAAAGCUACCAGAGAAAACGGCAAGAUGCCAUCAAUGGGGUGAAGACUGCCUUGUACAGUCCACCUUUCUACGGCGCUCAGUAUGGUUAUAAGAUGUGUGCUAAAAUUUACAUGAAUGGAGAUGGUUUUGGAAAAGGAUCGCAUUUGUCUUUGUUUUUUGUUGUGAUGAGAG